ACUAAAUCAGAAAUUGAUUUCUUUUCCCCUGAAAUUGGAAAAUAUCUCCCACCGCCGUCCAACCGCAACCACCUCUGUUGCCGUUGGACGAAAAAUACGACCACCAUCGCCGGAUAUCGUGGGCCCCCACCAUCGCUGAGGUGUCUGGCCAGACGGACUCACUUUGUCUCGCUGAAGUCCGUAGUCCUCUCUCUCAAUCUUUCCGGUGAAUUAGAACUCCAAUCAAACUUGCACUCCAGCCAGCUCUCUUGUCUUCGUAUUACAUUUGUGGGUCAUCUUCAGCCAAACUUGCAGAAAAAGCCAGUUUCACUUUGAGGGAAGGAGCUAGAAACAAAGGCUAUUUCAAUUUCGCUUUCUGUAUUUUCUUCUCCAAUUUCUUUUCUUCGCCGUCGAUUUCCAUUGGUAUGAGUCCAUCGUUGCGAGACUGAGGUUGUGUGUCGGUUGAAGAGCUUGAUGGUUCUGAGACUAGAGAGAUUAGCUUCACAAUGACGGAGGCAGAAACAAAUGCUAAGAACACAGAGGAAGAGAUAUGUAGAUUGAAGACAUUGGAGGAGAGGAAUGGACGGUUUAAUAAUUUAGCUUCUGAUAUUGAAAAGGAUAAUGAUUGUGAAGAAAUAGAAGAUACAAGAAGUGCAGAAGAGGUAUGUGAACCUAAGCCUAGGAUGAUUUUUGAUUCACUUGAUAUUUUUGUCGAAUACUAUAGAACCUAUGAGAAUAAAAUGGGGUUUGAAGUUAUUAUACGAUCUUCAAAGAAAGAAUAUGAUGGAGAGGUGAAAAAUGUGACAUUGGCUUGUUCUUGUAGUGGGAAGUUGAGCAGUAACCCUUGAAAUGCUUUUAAAAUAUACCUAGUGACAAAGAGUGAUUGUAAGGGUCGGGUUGGUGCAUCCAUACGUGCGGAUGGAAGUUGGCAAAUAUGUUCAGUGGUGUUUGAUGAUAACCAUAAACUCUAUAGUCCAGCCAAAGCUAGAUAUUUGAAGAGAAAUCGUGUAAUACAACCAUGUGUUAAAAGGAAGCUUGAAGUGAAUGAUAAGGCUAGAAUUAGGCCAAAUAAAAGUUCCAUGUUAGUUGAAGCAGGUGGUGUUGAAAAUUUGACUUCCCUACAAAAGGAUUGUAGGAACUAUAUUGAAAAAGUUAGCAUCCAAGUUAGGAGGAUGCGACUUGAUGAUGGAGACGCUUUAGCAAUCCAAAAUAUUUUCUGAGAAUGCAAAAAGUUAAUCCAAAUUUCUUCUACAUUAUGGAUUUAGAUGAAGAGAGUCAACUACAUAAUGUUCUAUGAGUGGGUGCAAGAAGUAGGGUCGCAUUUAGGGAAUUCGGCGACAUUGUCACAUUCGGCACUACAUAUUUGACUAAUAAGUAUUAUAUUCCAUUUGCUACGUUUAUUGGUGUUAAGAAUCAUUUCUUAAAGUUGUAUUAAGAAUCAUUCGUGUUAAAGUAAACUUAUAAUUCAA